AGGCCCAGAGCCGGCGUGUCUCCGGGUAGGUGUGGGCCGGGAGGCCGAGGAGGGAGGCCGAAGGUGACGCACGGCGGCGCGAAGAGCCGGGACAGCUAGCAAGGGCAGAAAGGGGAAAGCGCUGCCCGAGGGCUCCUCGACGGCUGUUUCAGACACAGGGACCGCCCGGCGGGAGACGACAGCCGCGGCACCGGGGAACGGGAGGGGGCUCGGGGCCAGGGCCGGGGCCGGGGCGGUGACUCAGCGCCUAUCGCAGCGCAUAAAAGGCGAGCGGCGGGCAGUGGCGGGGCUGGGCUGGCCGCCGCGGUCGGGGGCGUUGUGGCGGCCGUCGGGUCUGCUGGGAACGCGCCCGCGGGACGGGGACGGCGCGAUGGGGAUGGCCAAGCUGCGACUGCUGUGCGCCGCCGUGGCUCUGCUGUGUGCGGCACCGCCGGGGCAUCCCGGCGCCGUGCUGCCCGCGGGCGAGGGGGACGGCUACGGGGUGAAGCUGUGCGGCCGCGAGUUCAUCCGCGCCGUCAUCUUCACCUGCGGCGGGUCCCGCUGGAAGCGGCUCUCCCUGCUGGCGGUGGAGCCGGCGCCCGCGGCCGAUUCUGCACAAACAGCAAGUAACAAACUACUGGGAAGCUUCAACCUGCAAUCAGUUCUGGAUCCUGAAGUGGAGCAGCUGCAGAGAAGCAGCCCAUUUCUUGGAUGGGAGACGUUUAAGGACUUGUACAGUUUAAAUUACUAUAAUGAGUAUGUACCUGUGGCAGGUGACUUAAAAAAACUUGUUCGCCAGGUAGAGGAAGCUGUUCAGAAGGACAGGGGAGGAACAGGAAAUGCAAAUCCUGUGGAAUCAAGCAGCUACCUUUGGGCCAGGUAUCCCAGAAGAAAACGGGAGUCUCUGGGUUUGGCAGGAAUGUGUUGCAAAUGGGGCUGUACAAAAGCUGAAAUUAGUACUAUAUGCAGAGUUUAAAAUCCUCUCUACACUUAUGCAUGAAAUCAGUGUUUGUUGCAGUACUACUUGGUUGAUAACUUCAUGGAGGAAGAAAACUCUUGCUGUAUUUUAUCUUGUCUAUAUGUGCCAGUCAAUAUAGCUGGUUUUCUUUAAAAAACCCCAAAACCAACAAAACAAACAAAACCUAACUGUAAUUGCAAUGAGUUUGUUUUGCUGCAGUAACUUCUAAUCUAUAUUUUUUACUAAGUCUUUUCAUUUUAAUGUUGAGCCUUUACACUUAUAUUACAAAUGUAUUAUAUCUUUGUAACACUU